GGCUGUGGGCCUUAUGCAGCUGCUUGUCAACAAGAUGGCCUUCCUGCUCCUGUCGUUUUGACACUGAUUAUUUUGGUAUCCCCGAGAACAUACCGUAAAAGCUUGUGUCACUUCUAAAUAGACAGUGGGAGAGCGACUGCCGGGAGUCCCAUCAAGGCGUGUAGUCAGCUAGACUGUGUUCAGACAGCUGACAGGCACACUAGUCUCGACAGCAGCCACCACUAGUCAAGGUUGGUAAUAGAAAGUAGCUGCUGGCUAAUGUCGACGCUAGCUUAGCUACGUGGACACGGAUAGUUAAACUGGUUUGGUCAGAGCGAAAUCCAUCGAGGAAACAAUUGUCAGCUACCGUUUACACGUCACCAGCGCUGUCACUCAAGUCUGCCCAGGUUGUAUGUCCAGCUUGGUGGCAGGUAGUGCCACUUGGUUUGGCACUGGUCAAGGGAGCCCACAAUGAGAGGUCUGGCUCUGGGUGCUUGCUGGCCAGUAUAGGUGCAGAUAUGCCCCGGUGGUCUGCGUCCUGAUGGACCGAGACACCUUCUCCCACAUCCGUCUCUGGUGCCCACGUCCCUUUGGAACCUACUCCCAAAACAAAGCAAGGAGCCCAGGCUCAGGGGGCAGUGGUGGAGGUGGUAGUGGGGCAGGUUCCCCCUCCCUCUGCAAGGCCGAGCCGUCUCCAGGUGCCAGGAGGACAGUGGAUGGAGGUGAAGAUGGGGGUAUGAUAGUCGGGGUGCAGGAAGACAAUGGAAGAGAAGAAGAUGUGGGCUCUGAGAACACACCACCUGAACAGGAGCUUGAUUCUAGCUCUAUGACACAAGCCCAGGCUCUUCCAGCAUCUUCGACCCCUCCCUCACCGCCCUCUUCCGGGCCCCAGGCAGAGGAUGGCCGCGUGUUGUUAGACACCUGGUAUGUCAUUAAGCCCGGCAACACGAAGGAGAAGAUUGCCUUUUUUGUUGCACACCAGUUCAGUGGAGCAGGUCAGCCUAGACCCAGCGCCAUGAAGGUUAAGGGUAACUGGGCAACUGACUGCAGUAAAGCCAAAAGAAGACGGCGAUGUUCCUCUUAUGACCCUCCAACACGUUCCCAAGUGUUGCAGCCACACCUGAGCCAAGACUCCUCCUUUGUACCGUCUAGCACUGAUGAGCCACCACUAGGAGGGGUUAAUGAAACAGACCUUUUGUCUGUUGCGGAAAUGGUUGCCUUGGUUGAGCAGAGGACCGCCAUGGCCCUCCAAGGCAUUGUGGCUGUUCAUGGGAACCAACACCACCACCACCAGCCCCACACAACCACUCCUAGUCAGGUCCUUGCCCCUCACCAGCACACUUUGCUCCGAGGCACAGUGUCAGACCCUGCAAGUAUGGCGUUUGUGUCAGACAGUUCAAAUAGCCAACCCUCUAAAGAAGCGCAGGAAUCAUCAUCUCCAAUACAGACAGACCAGGAAUUGGAGGAGCAGCAGGAGUCUUGCAGAGUAGCCCAGGCCAUUGCACACUUUGAGUCCCAGAAUCUGGAAAAUCGGCUUCAUCUUGGUUCGAGAACAGAUUCAUCCAGUCGAGAUAGAGAAAAGGAGUGUAGAAGAGGGGAGCCUGGCAUCGUUACCCCUCCUCCACCCCCGAGUCACAGUCAUGGUGAGGUUAGGAUAGCUUUCAGAGUGUCAAAUCUCGACCCACGGUCUCAACUGGAGCCAGCUGGUAGGUCCCGCUGUAUGUUUAUGAGCUGUGGUGGUGGAGGUAACCAGGCAGCAGCCAGGGCCAAAGAGAAAAUAACCUGUGACCUGUAUCAGCUCGUCAGCCCCUCAUCAAGGGACCCCAGUAGUCUGCUGCUUGCUGCCACAACUGCUGCUCCCAAACCAGAUGGAGACCACCACCACCCAGACAGACCGGCCUGUGGCAGCCCAGACCCAACCCAUGAGCUUUCCUCAGGGGAGAAGAAAUCUGUGGGUGUAGGGAGGGAGCGAGUGACUGGCUUCCAUGUGGAGGUAGUGGUGACCGGUGCUGUGGAUCAGUGUGUGUUUUAUGGCAAGGACAGUACAGAGAAUGUUCAGGAGGAGACCGUGUGCUUUGCAAUGCCCAGUGGGGGAGGUGGUGGUGUGAGUGUAGGCAGCUCCAAAGACCCUUCAUCAGAUGAUCCUCCUCCUGGACAGCUCUUCUUUCUUCAGCCCCCUCGGGGUCCAGAGGAAGAUGUAAAGGCAACAGGCCCUGGCAGUGGGUCAGGAAUGUGCUCUUUGGACUGUGCCAACAAUAAUGGCCCUGGGCCGGGGGUGGCAGUGGGUUCAGGAGAGCGAGCAAUUCGACCCGACUCUCCUGGUGUCGGGGAAGACUGUUCAGACCCUUCUCUGUGUCGCCUCUACCGUCACGUGUCCCAUGACUUCCUGGAGAUCCGGUUUCAGAUUCAACGGCUCCUGGAACCCCGUCAGUACAUGCUGCUGCUGCCGGACCACAUCAUGGUCAACAUCUUCAGCUAUCUGCCAACACGCUCACUGGCAGCGCUCAAGUGUACCUGCCACUACUUCAAGGCGUUGAUCGAAACCUACGGGGUGCGGGCGGUAGAUUCACGCUGGAACCAAGACCCGCUCUACAGGGAUGACCCAUGCAAACAGUGUAAGCGGCAGUAUGAGCGCGGGGACGUUUCUUUGUGCCGUUGGCACCCCAAACCUUACCACCAUGACCUGCCUUAUGGACGUUCCUACUGGAUGUGCUGCCGGCGUACAGACAAAGACACACCAGGCUGUCGUGUUGGGCUCCAUGACAACAACUGGGUCCAACAACCAGCUGAUGGCUCUCAGCCUAUCCGCACCAAGAGGGAGGACAGGAGGGAGGAGGCCAGGUAGAGAGGAAAUGGUACACCUCACACAUACCAACUCAUCUCCUCCUGUGUAUCUCCUUUCUCCCUCUUACUUCUGUUCAAGGGACAAACAGGAGAAAAGUAUAGAUCAAGGAGAAAGCACUCCUGUUUUGUUUUUUUUUGUUUGUUUCUUUCCUCCAGCACUCCUUUCUCACACUUGCCCUCAGUGGAGGGAGGUUGAGAGGUAAAGAAGGAAGAGAGGUGUGUCGCUCUCCUUGCCUUUUGAUCAAGUCCUCUGAAAUCCCUCUCUCCCUGCACUGUGUUCCAGAGUGGCACCUUUUAAAGUUUGCAUACCAGGGUUGGGGUCCCCUCCUGCUGCUGUCAGCCCUCUUUCUGCCUCUUAAUCAUUUGGGUUCAUGUCUAACUCUAAACAUGGUUGUUGGUAAAUUCAUGUGAGAGCUUUGCAGUGUGUUCGAUUGAGAUUAGCAUUCAUACAGAGAAGCAUAGAAAUGUAAUACCCUAGCGCCUGCUUGGUGUUUUCCAGUACUAUGUUCUGUGUUGUAUCACAAACUUCUAGUUACGCUGUAAUAUGGUGCUUCAAGGAAUGAGAUGUACAGAGUCAGAUGUAUAGCUUUCUAGUGGUGGAAUGUUGAGCAUUGCUUUAGAAAUGUGAUUGUAUGAAGCAAACUUGAUUUUCCUUUGUACAAGAUUGACAUUUGUACCUGUCCUGCACCACAGUUUGUAAUUCUCUGAAUGUGAUGUAACGUACUAUAUUGAUCAGUCCCCUGAUAAUGCUGCUGAAAUCAUUGCCUGUUUCUGAUGUUAAUUCUGAAAUAGCCAUACCUUUGGUUAAUGACAGGCACAGUCUCUGAAUAAGCCAGUCUCACUGGCUGCUGAGACCUGUUCUUGUCAUUGUUUUAGAGUGGACCCUAACCUUGCUGACCAGCCAUAAAAAGGAGCCACUGAGUACUUCCUGGUUUACAGAGAAUUAUGGGAGCUGGACUUUAUAAGAGCAGUGGGAUUUAAUGGGAUUAAAAGAGAAAUUUGAUGUCACUUUGGAAAGGCCUGAUGUCACUUUGUAUGGUUUGAUUGACUUGUUUGCCAUUUUGUUUGUUUGUUUGUUUGUUUUUUUGACAGAUUUUAUUGGGGUGUGUGUUAGAGAAUGUUUGCUGUUUUUGCUUUUAUUCUUGAGGACUGUGUUCUCCUUGCAUCAGUCUGUCACCCUACUCUACCUGCAAAGAUGUAUUUUUUAAAUACUCCAUCUGUAUUUUUACUCCUAGCUCUCUUCCUGUCUUCUUUUCCCCAUCUUUCCGUCCUCCGAUUUGGCAGAGAGCAGUAUUUGCCAAAGCAUCAUUCAUGCUGCGAAGCAGGUGAAACGUACCACCGACCGCAGAAACUCUACACCAGCUUCCAGCCUUAAAAGCCCCUACCUCCUACCCACCCUGCAGGAGCCUGAGGCCCCAGAUACCUCUAAGAGCGUUGGGAGUUGCACAUGAUCCUGUAAGCUAGGUUUGAGAUACUUGUUAGACUCUGUCCAGCUCUUCUGGAAGAAGAGCCAACAACUGUAAGAUGAACAGUCAGACUCUUCGUACUUGGGGAAACGAAUCCUCUCUCUCCUUCACCCUUUGCCUUGCUUUUACUCUCUGCCCCCCAUCCCCCCGCCUCCCUUCUGCAAGCUGACAGACUGGACGUUAAAGAACUGAUGACAUGAAUGAUUCUAAAACUGCAUGGAGGUGGAAAGAUGAUUGAGUAGUCAUGGGAGAACUCUGUAGGUUCCAGACAUGUACAAUGCUAAUGGGAAAUAUCUACUUAAAUAAAAAGAAGUGAUGAUUUAAACUGGAAAACACUGCUUUGUGUGUGCACGCGUGUGCGUACUUGUACUUGCAUCGAAGUGAGGAUACUUUGGCUGGUCCUCACAACUUUGAAGGCCUGGUUGUGAUGUGAAUUUAAGUUAGGUUAGGUCUGCCUUAAGUUGUGACGUUAGUUAGGUUAAGGGACUAGGGAAGGCAUUAUGUUAAUGGAAGUCCUCACUUAGACGUAAGUACAAGGAUGUGUGUAUGUAUGUGUGAUGAUUAAAUACCAGGUUUCAAAUAUG